AGCCGUAGUAAGCUGCUGUCUGAAAUAAGUUUGAAAAGUUUCAGUUGCAUUUUGUUGCCGAAUGAGUACUGUUGCUCUCGUAGUUAAAAAUUAAACAUCAACCAGUAGUAUAAUAUAUUAUUAUUUGAGCUGACAGUUGAAAUGAACAAUUAAAUGUUGAUAAGGUGAUCGCAGAGAUCUUUUCGAAUCAAAAACGAAAGUAUUGAAAAUUGGCAAAUCUAUAAAAUAAAAAUUAAACAAUUUAUAUGAGUUAAUUUGCAAAAGCAAACAUACAGUUAUUUGUUUAUGUGGCACAUGUGCAUUGUAGUGUGUAUUGAUUGCUGACGAUGCAAAUUGUCAGUUGACUGACUGAGUCUGCGGUUUUUAAAAUUACAACAACAACAAUUACUACUGAGGGUACAACAAACAAUACAGUCUUUGCAUAUUAUCUGAUAUAUAUUGACAGCAUUUCAGAGUACAGUUCAAUUGCAGUGACGUGAUAAAAAGCAAUGACAUCAUUGACAACGACGACGGCUGUCGAAACGUCAUUUGUGGCAACAACAAAAGACGCUGGAGGGGGAGUAGAUGAAAUGAAGCAGACAGAGACGAGUGCCAAUGCAUUGGCCGAGGUGAAGCAAGAAAAGACGAUAGAAAUGAUAAGCAACAAUAACCCAAUAACCGAUAUUGUGAAAGAAACUAAUGCAAUGACAGCGGCAACAACAAUAACAUCAACAGCAGCUGCAACAACAACAUCAAUGGCAGCACCGACAACUGCUGUUGCUGAGAGUGUAGUAGCUGAGGCAACAACAGCAACAACGGCACCAAAACAAAUAUCUGCUGUAGCGACCACAACAACACCACCGCACACCAGUGCAGCGAGUAAAAUACCACAUUUACAGCAACAACACUCACCACCAUUCACACUCAACAGACGCUCGAACCAGUUAUUACACUCACCCGAUGCAUUGCGACGUUCCGCGUCAUUACGCAUGCGCGGCUCAAAAUCAAAUCUUUUCAACAAUUACGACGAACACUACAUGGAAAUGGAACGUAGCACGCGCCAUCUAAGCUACGCAAAGCCACCAAACACUACAACGAACACCCGCUACAGCCAACCGCUUGGAGGUGUGCUUGGUGAGCAGCAGCAACAACAACAACAAGGACAAUCACAGAAAGAAAGUGACACCAACGAACAACACACACACAUCCAUGCAGCCGGUUCGUUUGGGGGUGUAGUAACACCAACAACAACAACAGCAGCAGCAGCAGCAGCAACGGCAACAGCAACGCGUCGCAAGGCCACACAUUUGUUUGGCUCAACGCUGUCUACGCAAACACCCGCCAUGACAGUUGGCAAUCUGACGCGUUCGCAAUCGUUACGUCGUAGUUAUCUAAAUUAUAGUUAUAAUUCGCAACAAAAAUCGGUCAAAACGGAUGCAUUAAAGGAGCAAAGUGCUGAUGGCGCCUCUAGAGCUGCAGGCACCACAGCAGCUACUGGCACGGAUGUGGCUAUUCAAGAAACUACUGCAACAGAUAAUUUGUCGCCUCUAAAAAUAAACUCAUCGCAGUCUAAUGGUUCCGUCCCGAAUGGUUGUGGCAAGCAAGAAAAUGACAUAAUGUACAAAAGUGGCGGUGUCGGCGAACAGCGCAGGAUUGACAGGGAUAUGCAGAGAAUGCUUGGCAAAGGAUUAUUUAUGCGUUUGGGAGUUACGAGUUCUAUUGAUUUUUUAACGCCCGUGUCGAAAGAUUUUUCUUUGAAUUUGAACGGCAGCGGCGGCGAACGAACGACAACAACGAAACUACCAACAGCAGCAGCACCAGCAGCAGCAGCAGCAUCACCAGUCACACCAACAGGCAGCGGAAAUACUGGCACUAGGAUAACUCCGGCUAACUCCAUCUCGCCUAAAACACCGCAUAAUACUGCUAUACCCGGUCAACGCUACGUGAAAUCAUCGCCAAACGCCAAUCCGCAGGAAACGAAGCUAACGCCAAAGACACCGCCCGUCACACCGGAUUCGCCGUGUACGUAUCUGGACGAUGAUUUAGAUUCGAUGUAUUCAUUUGCGACCACCACAUCCGGCCGUUCGACCAUGUCCUGUGAGCAUCCGUAUGUUGCACGCAAUGGCACUACUUUCAGCGGCCGCAAGAUGAAAUAUGUCGUACAUUGUUCGAAUUAUGCCGGUCAGGUGGGCCCUGACUACUUAACGCCCACACAACGCGCUGCACGCCAGGUACGUCGCCUCAAGGAGUUGCUUUGUCUGGCACGUCAAGAUUUGGAGCAAAAAGAUUCCGAGAUUUUACGUCUUACACGCGAAGUUGUUGAAUUGCGUCUCUUCAAAGCAUCACUGAGCUCACCUGAGGAGCGUUCGGCAUCGAGCGAUGCGGUAACUGUGCGCGAAGCCGAAUUGAAAACAUCACAAGAUGUUUCACCCAUUGUUGAUAUGGUCGAUGAUGCGACCAAAUCGAGUCCACGUCACAUAUCCAAUCAGCAUCAACUCCACCAUCCACAUAGCCAGCAUUUGCAUCACACUCAACAAUUGGCGUCGGAAAUGCAAAGCUCCUUUGCCGAUUCGGGUCAUUUCGAGGAUUUAUCUGUGCAUUCGAAGGAUUCUUAUGCCGCGCAUACACAAGAUAUUGCAUGCGGUAGUGAUGAAGUAAUUGGCACCAAUGAAACUGUAUGUCAUGAGGCGUGCGUGUCAGCUGGUGCCCAAGAAGAAGACUACGCAACCACUAUUAAGAACUAUGAACUGCAACGCCAAGAGCUCAUACGUAUUUAUGAACAAAAGAUUGAGGAGCUGAUUCGUACGCAAGAUGGCGCUAGCAGCGAGUUGAAGCGCUCACACAAUGAUAAGGUGGAGGCAUUAUUGCAGAAGUUGGCUGAGUGUAAUACACGCUAUGCCGAUAUUGUACCCGACUAUGAGCACGCCAAAGAACGCAUUCGAGAGUUAGAAAAGCAAUUGGAAGACUUGCAGCGUAAACUGGCAGAGCACGAGGAUAAACAAAAUAAAAUGUAUCUGCAUAUGUACCAGAAGGGGCAGGAAGCAGAGCGUAUUGCUCGCGCUGAUCAGGCACUCGAAUUGGUACAUCGAGCACCGGACAACAAGGUGUCUAUAAAUGAAUUGCUCCACCAGUUGCAGAGCACACAAGAUGAAUUGGAAAAUAUACGCGCAGCUGGGUGUAGAAAAGAAAGCGGCAGUAAUCAUGCUCUCCUUACUGCAAAAGAAGCAAUUUCGUUAUGGGUUCUUGGCGCCCGGAAGACAAUUUAUCGACGCUUGCUGGAAGCGCAAAAGAAUCGCACCCACGUAGAUCCCGAGGUGACGUUGCAGUUCCUUAAGAGCGCCAUUUACUACUUCUUAACCGACAAGGAGAACUCGCAGGGUCACUUGCAGGCCAUCGAGAGCAUUUUGGAGUUCACCGAGGCGGAAAAGUUGAACAUCAGCAAAGCGCGCACGGCUAAGUAGAAAGUGUGUGUGUGUGAGUGCGUAUGUGUGCAGAAGAAAAAAGUUUAAAACGCAUAGAAAUAAAAAAAAACAAAGGGGUAUAUGCAUUACAGCGUGCAUAGAUAUAUAUUAUGUGUAUGUAUGUAGAUGCUAAUCGAUUUUUUUUUUUUUUGGAAAAUUACAAAACGAUUGUUAAACAAAAUAUAUGAAUUGAGCUUUUAGCGCUUGAUUUUGGCGAGAUGUUUUUAAUUAGAAAUGCUAAAUACAUACAUACAUAUUUUAAAAUGCAAAUAUUUCUAGGACAAAUAAUUAAAGAGAAAAAAAUAUAUAUUAAAAUUAGUAUAAUGAUCGCAUACAUAGGCGGGUGAAAAAGAGAAA